AUGAGCGUCGCGGGGGUGGUGGCUGGGACGCGCCCCCCCAGCUCGCCGACCCCGGGCUCCCGGCGCCGGCGCCCCUCCGUGGGCCUCCAGUCCCUGAGGCCGCAGAGCCCGCAGCUCAGGCCGAGCGACCCGCAAAAGCGGAACCUGGACCUGGAGAAGAGCCUGCAGUUCCUGCAGCAGCAGCACUCGGAGAUGCUGGCCAAGCUCCACGAGGAGAUCGAGCACCUGAAGCGGGAGAACAAGGAUCUCCAUUACAAGCUCAUAAUGAAUCAGACAUCACAGAAGAAAGAUGGCCCCUCAGGAAACCACCUUUCUGGGGCCUCUGCUCCCUUGGGUGCUUGCUGGGUCUGCGUCCGCGGAGUGUGGGUAGAGCCGGGAGGACACAGCCCUGCCAGGCUGAAGGAGGGCCCCUCACGGACACACAGGCCAGGAGGCAAGCAUGGGUGUCUUGCGGGCGGCAGCACCGACACGCGCUCUCCUGCAGACAGCCUCUCCACGUCAAGCUUCCAGUCUGUCAAGUCCAACCCUAACUCAGGCAAGGCCAGGCCCCAGCCCAGCUCCUUCAACAAGCAAGAUUCGAAAGCUGACGCCCCCCAGAAGGCAGACCUGGAAGAGGAGCCCCUACUUCACAACAGCAAGCUAGACAAGGUUCCUGGGGUACAAGGGCAGGCCAGAAAGGAGAAAGCAGAGGCCUCUAACGCAGGAGCGGCCUGCACGGGGAGCAGCCAGCACCAGGGCAGGCAGAUGAUGGGGGCGGGGGCACACCCCCCAAUGACCCUGCCCCUUCACCUGCGAAAACCCACCACACUGAAGCAGUGUGAAGUGCUCAUCCGGGAACUGUGGAACACCAACCUCCUGCAGACCCAGGAGCUGCAGCACCUCAGGUCCCUCCUGGAAGGGAGCCAGAGGCCCCAGGCGGCCCCAGAGGUUGGGUCUAGCUUUCCCAGGGACCAGGAAGUCAUGCAUUUUCCUAAAGUCUCCACGAAGGGCCUCUCGAAGAAAUGCCUGCUUCUGAGCCCACCUGUGGCGCAGAGUGCCAUCCUGCCUGCCCUGAAGCAGACCCCAAAGAACAACUUUGCCGAGAGGCAGAAGAGGCUGCAAGCAAUGCAGAAACGGCGCCUGCACUGCUCAGUGCUUUGA